GUAAGGGAAACACAUUCUAUUGCCUAUCUAUGCCACAGGCCCAGGCAAGCAAAUCUACUGCCUAUCUAUCCUAUCUACAAACAACUCUGUGUCACAGGGCCAGGCAAGCAAAUCUACUGCCUAUCUAUCCUAUCUGCACACAAAUCUGUCUCACAGGGCCAGGCAAGCAAAUCUACUGCCUAUCUAUCCUAUCUGCACACGAAUCUGUCUCACAAGGCCAGGCAAGUAAAUCUACUGCCUAUCUAUCCUAUCUGCACACGAAUCUGUCUCACAGGGCCAGGCAAGCAAAUCUACUGCCUAUCUAUCCUAUCUGCAAACGACUCUGUGUCACAGGGCCAGGCAAGCAAAUCUACUGCCUAUCUAUCCUAUCUGCAAACGACUCUGUCCCACGGCCAGGCAAGCAAAUCUACUGCCUAUCUAUCCUAUCUGCAAACGACUCUGUGCCACGGCCAGGCAAGCAAAUCUACUGCCUAUCUAUCCUGUCUACAAACGACUCUGUAUCACAGGCCCAGGCAAGCAAAUCUACUGCCUAUCUAUCCUAUCUACAAACGACUCUGUAUCACAGGGCCAGGCAAGCAAAUCUACUGCCUAUCUAUCGUAUCUGCAAACGACUCUGUAUCACAGGGCCAGGCAAGCAAAUCUACUGCCUAUCUAUCGUAUCUGCAAACGACUCUGUCUCACAGGCCCAGGCAAACAAAUCUACUGCCUAUCUAUCCUAUCUUCAAACGAAUCUGUCUCACAGGGCCAGGCAAACAAAUCUACUGCCUAUCUAUCCUAUCUGCAAACGACUCUGUCUCACAGGCCCAGGCAAGCAAAUCUACUGCCUAUCUAUCCUAUCUACAAACGUCUCACAAGGCCAGACAAAUCAAUUUAACCGUCCAUGUAUUUUACAGUGGAAGAACUCUACUACCAAUCUCUCCUCCAGGCUAGUGAAUAUAUGGCCUAUCUAGCCUAUGCAGAACAAAAUCUAUUGCCCAUCCCAUGGGCAAACAAAUACACUGCCUAUCUAUUGUACAGGGAAACAAUUCUACUGCCUAUCAGUUCAUCAGGCAAACUAUUCUACUGCCUAUCUGUUGUUCAGUGAACGUAAACUAAGGUCUAUUCAUUCUUCAGGCAAACUAUUCUACUGCCUAUCUGUUCUACAGGGAAAGUAAGCUACUCCUAUCCAUUCUUCAGGCAAACUAAUCUAUCUCAAGGGCAAUUCUUCUUCCAGUUUAUAGACUUCAGGUUUGCUCUGAAGGCAGUUAGGUGAGAUUUGGAGAGAAUGUCUAUUAUCUGUUCCAGAUACCCCUGCAAGCUCAGCUAGAAGGCCAGUUAGGGUAAGAUUUGAAGAGAAUGUCUAUUCUCUCUCUCCCAGAUACCCCUGCGAGCUCAGCUAGAAGGCCAAUUAGGGUGAGAUUUGAAGAGAAUGUCUAUUCUCUCUCUCCCAGAUACCCCUGCAAGCUCAGCUAGAAGGCCAAUUAGGGUGAGAUUUGGGGAGAAUGUCUAUUUGCUUUUUGAGAUACCACUGAAAGCACCAAUUAGAAGGCUAAUUAAGGUGAGAUUGGGGAGAAUGUCUGUUUACUCUCCUAGAUACCCUAGAAGGCCAGUUAGGGUGAGAUUUAGUGAAAACAUCUCUUCUUUCUCUUGAAUACCCAAUUAGAAUUUGAGUUAGGGUAAGAUAGGGGAGAAUGUCUAUUUGCUCUCCUACUGUAGAUACCCCUGGAAGACCAAUUAGGGUGAGAUUUGGGGAGAAUGUCUAUUUGCUCUCCUAUAGACCAAAGCCUAGCUAGAAGCCAGUUGGGGUGAGAUUUAGGGAGAACACCUCUUCUUUCUCUUAAAUGCCCUUGAAAACUCAAGUAGAAAGUGAGUUAGGGUAAGAUUGGGAAGAAUGUCUAUUUGCUCUCCUAGAUGCCCCUGAAAGCACCAACUGGAAGGCCAAUUAGGGUGAGAUUGGGGGAGAAUGUCUAUUUGCUCCCCUAGAAACCAUUGAAAGCCUAGCUAGAAGGCCAGUUAGGGUAAGAUUGAGGAGAAUGUCUAUUUGCUGUCCUAGAUACCCCUGAAAGCACCAACUGGAAGGCCAAUUAGGGUGCGAUUGGGGAAGAAUGUCUAUUUGCUCCCCUAGAAACCAUUGAAAGCCCAGCUAGAAGGCUAGUUAGGGUAAGAUUGAGGAGAAUGUCUUAUUUGCUUUCCUAGUAACCCAAAAGCCCAGCUAGAAGGCUAGUUAGGUUGGAUUUUGGGUGAAAAUAUGUUUGCUGUCCCAGAUAUUCUUGUAUAUUUUAUGUUAUGAGCAAAGGGGGGCCCUGAACAAAGAUUGGUCGCCCAAAGGGACAUGAACUGAUCUGCCCAGCAACAAACUUAUCACCCUAUUCAUGCCCAAUCAAAUCAGCACCCCGUGGGGCAAUGUCACUGAUCCAACAUAAGGCCAUCCCUGAACCGACUCAGCACCACACCUUGUUGCCACCUCACUAGCCGCCACACCAGUAUCCCUAUCGGCCUAUGGCACUGCAGAAUGUUGUAUAGGUACUAGUGUUUUUUAAAAGAAUUAAAAAUUUUUAUCAAGAAUAAACAACCGCGACAAACCGGCGGAGCACCGGCGAGACCAGCAGGCGAUCCAGAUUUGGUUCUGGUACCCCCAGCGACACGAUGGAGAGAUGGAGACAGUGCCGGUCUAUGGGGGGGGAUGAGAGACUGAUAGGAAGAAGAUGUUUAUAUAUAAUGUACCGAUGUAUUUACAGAAUAAGGCACGCUCUCACCGCCAUUUCCUAUCUAUACUCUAUUGGGUCCAUAUUUUAUCAAAGCUUUUUUUUGUAUAACGUUGGUGUUUCAGCGUCUGGAAUCCUCUAUAAAUAAACGCCUUUCAGACCUGA